AUGCUUGGGCGGCUUCGCACGCGAGCGCAGCGCUCCUUUGCUCAGAUCCCAAGGUUCCGUCCGCCAGCGCGGGGUGCGUCGUCGCGGAGAGAGUUGGUAAAGGGGUUGGCGGCGGCGGUCGAGCACAACCCAGCCGUCGCACCCCACAUUGCUGAACUCCUGGAUGAUGCGACAGCCGACAAAGUUGCCAAGGUCCUUGAGACAUUUUCCUCGGAAGGGGAAGCAUCACCAACAAAGACUCAGCUUAGGAUGGCGGCCACUGCCGCUGCGAUCCCUUUCUUUGGCUUUGGUGUCUUGGACAAUGCUAUCAUGAUUCUACUGGGUGAAGUCAUCGAUGCAACUCUUUGUGUACAGUUUGGGCUCUCGACGAUGGCUGCUGCAGCUCUUGGCAACACUUUUUCUGAUGCUGUCGGCGUCUUCUCCGGCACAUUGGUGGAGGAAAUGGCCGCCAAAUACGGGGUGGAGGCACCCAAGUUAACCCGUGUCCAAGAAGGCAUGGCCGUGACGAAGAAUUAUGAGCGCUUGGGCCAACUGGUAGGCAUUUGCAUAGGUUGCCUGGUCGGCAUGUUCCCACUGCUGUUCAUGGACCACAGCGAUGUACGCAAGAGGGAGAAGGCCCUAGAUGAAAUGUUCGACGUCGUGGUCGAGAGUGUGACGAAACUUUUGGACUGCGAGGCAGCUUUGCUGUUUCUGGUGGACUACGAGAAGCGGCAUUUGUACUUGCGCUCUUCUUCUGACCACGCGCUGAAAGACCAUCUGCGCAUCGGCGAGGGUGUGGCCGGCAGGGUAGCCGAAACUGGCCAUUUCAUGAACGUGGACGACCUGAGAAAGACGGAGCUGUACAACCCGAAGCGACAUGAUGACUACUUUGGCACCGGUGUGUCUGUCCGUUCAGUUCUAUGCAUGCCGGUGAUUGGCGUCGAUCCUGCCGAUCAAGAAACCAAGGUUCUCGGCGUCCUCCAGCUCAUCAACAAGCGGGGCACAGAGGGCCACGGCUUCCUUGAUCGAGAUGAGGACGUGUGCGCUGCCCUGUGUUCUCAGAUCUCGACAAGCUUGUCCACUGCCUACGGCCUGUCCUCGGGCUUCCGAGCAGCUCUAGAGAGAUACGAGCGGGCACUGAACAUGCCGGGAGUGCGUCUCAACCCGGCACAGGACUCGCGGCUGGAGAAUAUCUACGAGGAGGUCAUGCGCGACUGUACCGAGGUCUUGAGGGGCUCGGCGACGAUUCUCAUGGUGGGAGAUGUUGGUCACAAAGAUGACUUGAUCCUGAAGGUCAGCGAUAAGGUGCCCUCCUUCCGCACCUCUGCGGCAGAGGCGCCGGUCCUCCACAAGUGCAAGGAGGAUGGCGUCACCAUCUGCGUCAACGACUUGGUCAACUCUCGGUUCUACAAGGCGGAGGUUCACGAGGAUUACCGCAACACGGGGAUGAAUCUUCGCGCUGUCCUGGCCUCCCCAUGUAUCUCAACGGAUGGGGAGGUCUUGGCGGUCCUAGCUUGCUUGAAGGAUGCAGACGUGGCAGCUCCUUUCUCGGCUUCAGACGUCCGUUUCUUGAAUGCCGUGGCGAAUAACGUGGCCAUCAAUUUGCAGGGCACGGGCGCCAGCCUCCAGAACUCCGGCCGAAGUUCCGAAAUAUUCGGAUUUACGGUUAACAGGUUACAUUUGUACAUAUGUGCGUGUGUGUAUGUAUAUAAAUAUAAAUAUAAAUACACAUUCUUUUUUUGA